UCCACGAGCUCAACCUCCUUCGCCGCACAAUCCCGCAUUCCCUGCGCGCAUUCCCCGCGGCCCGCACGAGCCGGCGGCGGCGCCAUGCCGCGGCGGGGCGAGACGGCGGUGGUCCCCAUCGACGCGGACGGCGCCGGCCACAGGAGGCCCAAGAACGGCCACCGUCCGCGCCCGCCGGCGCAGGAGUUCCGGCCGUUCAGGCGCUGGUUCCCGUUCCUGGUGCCGCUCUUCGUGGCCGCCAACGUCGGGCUCUUCGUCCUCACCAUGUACGUGAACGACUGCCCCGCACACGCCGCCGCCGCCGACGCCGCGAUCGGCGGGGCCGCGCAGGCGCAGGCGCAGGGGUGCCUGCUCCAGCAGGACCUCGGCAGGUUCGCCUUCCAGCCAUACAGGGAGAACCCCCUCCUCGGGCCCUCCUCCGCAACGCUGCUGGAAAUGGGGGCGCUAGAAACGAGUAAAAUUGCAAAAGAUCACGAAUGGUACCGCCUCAUCACCUGCAUUUGGUUGCAUGCUGGUGUCGUCCACAUACUCGCCAAUAUGUUGAGUCUCCUAUUGAUUGGAAUCAGGCUCGAGAAGGAAUUUGGUUUCCUGAGGAUUGGCACACUCUAUGUGAUCUCGGGGGUUGGUGGCAGCUUGUUGUCUGCUCUAUUCAUGGUGUCGAAUAUCUCAGUUGGCGCCUCAGGUGCACUGUUUGGAUUACUGGGCUCCAUGCUGUCGGAGCUGAUAACAAACUGGACAAUAUACGAGAAUAAGUUCGCCGCUCUAUUGACUCUUGUUAUAAUCAUUGCUAUCAACUUAGCUGUCGGGAUCCUUCCACACGUUGACAACUUUGCUCAUAUCGGAGGAUUUAUAUCGGGUUUCUUUCUUGGUUUUGUGCUCCUAAUCCGGCCUCAGUUCCAAUACAUCAACCAAAAGAACUCUCCUCUUGGAGUUUCCUCAGGCACAGCUAAAUGCAAGUACAAGAUAUAUCAGAUUAUACUUUUGGUGAUUGCUCUGGUGAUAUUAAUUUGUGGGUUCAUCAUUGGCUUUGUAUUGCUAAUGAAAGGCUUCAAUGCUAGCGAGCAAUGUUCUUGGUGCCAUUAUCUGAGCUGUGUUCCUACUUCAAAGUGGAGCUGCAAAGCACCGAGUAACUAUUGCGUAUCCUCACAGCUUGGAGAACAAUUAAAUCUGACCUGUCAAAGCACUGGGAAGACUGAAACAUAUGUUAUCAACAAUCCAGCCAAUGCGGAAGCAUUAAAACACCUCUGUCUUGGCCUUUGCAGUUGAUGGCAAAUGCAUGGAUUUUCAUGAAAAGGGAUUGAUAUCUGCACACUUUUGGAAGGCAAGUAGAAGCCAAAUGUUCAGUGAGACCUCGGGUAAUGCUUUUGGGCUUCUAAUAGUUCCCUUCAUUGUACACCGUGUAUUGCAAAUGUCAGUUGGCAGUUAUGAAAGAUGGAUGCUUUGAGGCAGUAGUUUCUGAAA